CUAUGAAGAAGAAAAAACUAGGGUUUUAUUUUUAAGUUUUAUUUGGGCUCACUUAAGUAUUUUAUUGGGCUUUUUUAUUAAUGUGUAUUGGGCUUUUUUAAAGUUUUUCAAGUCUUUUAAAUUAGGCAGCAGAAAACUAAAUUUAAAAUACCAAUUUGGGCCUUUUUUUAGGGCUGAAAUAGCCCAUUUCACACACAAAAUUUGAGGCGCACGCCUCUUACGCCUCAACGCCUCACGCCUCAACUCAACGCCUCACCACAUGAGGCGUACGCCUCACUUCUUCUCAGCAAGGCGCACGCCUUGAGGCACUGUUCAAACAGGCGCGCCUCAAAAACGCCUUUUUAAACAUUGGUCCUACCUUAAUUGAACUAUGUAUAUGUAUGGUUGUAUAUAUCCUUUAAUCUAAUAACUUUUCCUCACAAGCCAAAAAGAAAUUGCUGAUGAAGUUUGCUAUCCUCAUCAAGUAAUGCUACAAUUUUUCUUUUGCAGACAUCCUCAAGCAACCAUUCUAAGAAGUAAAGUCAUAACAGAUUUUUCAGCUUAUGUUGCUUCCUUCUCUUUUUCGUGGGCCGAAUUUGAUUACGCCAGAUAUUCUAAAAGCCAAACAUAAUUGCACCUGGUUUAAAUUCUUGGUCUUUAUCCCAAGACCAAGAAUUCCAAAGUGGUGGAUCUGGUAUUAUUGGAUUUGCCCAAUGGCAUGGACUGUGUACGGAUUGAUUGUGUCACAGUAUGGUGAUGUUGAAGACACGAUCAAAGUGCCUGGAAUGACAUUUGAACCCACCAUCAACUGGUACAUAGAAGACCGUUUUGGGUACAACCCAGAUUUUAUGGGACCAGUUGCUGCUGUUCUUAUUGGCUUCACAGCCUUCUUCGCUUUCAUGUUUACUUACUGCAUCAAGACACUCAAUUUCCAAAUGAGAUAGAAAUAGUAACCCAAACAUUCU